AUGAAACUGAUCUUCAGAAACAUAUGGGAAUUUGUAGUUCGUGUGAGGCAACGAAUGUAGCCACCAUGGCCAAAGUGAUCCUUCAAGAUGGGAGGCUUCAAGAAUUUGCAUGUCCAGUUAAGGUUUCACAGGUUUUAGAGAAAAACCCCAGCUGUUUUUUGUCCAACAUGGAUGAUAUGGACUUCGACAGCUUCAUUUCCAUCAUUAAUGGCGACGAAGAUCUUCAACCGGGUCGGCUUUACUUUGCCUUGCCGAUGAGCUGGUUAAAGAGUCCGCUCAGAGGCGAGAAGAUGGCGUCUUUGGUCGUGAAAGCGAGCUUGGCUUUGAAGAAGAGGAAGGGCGGUGGUGGCCGCCAUGGCGACCGGAAGUGUUGCGGGUCGUGUAGGGUGAAAACAGAUGAUGUUUUAAUGUAUACUACGGCCCCUAGGAUUUUGGAUCCGGCUAGUCCGAAGGUUGUCGUCGGCAGUGGAGGUGGACGUGGGAGCAGGUCCGGUAGUCGAGGAUCCAUGGUGAGGCAGAGACGCCAAGGCGGCGGUAGUCUUGGUCGUGGUCGUGGAAGAGGUCAUUUUGCUACAAAGUUGAGCGUUAUUAUAGAGGAAAAAGGAGAUGAUCAUCGGAGUUGAUGACCAUAUAUUAGGGUUUCAAUAUAUCCUUGGAAAGUGUAGACGAUGAUCAUGUGAAGAAAUCAAAUUAAAAGAGAGCAUGUUUGAGGAAGGAGCUGAUCAGUUUGUUCUUGGUUAUUAAUUAAUCCAAGAAGAAAGACAAAAGUAAUUAAUUAAAUUCCAUUUGAGGUGACAUCUACAGAGAAAAAAAGCAUAUAAUAGAGAAACUUU